AAAAUUAUUAGCUGUGUUUGUUCGUUGUAUUAUUUUCGAAAAUAACUUUGACAAACUAAUUGAUGACAGUGACGGAUUCUAUUUCAGGUAAGAAUAUUAUGAACCAUAAUUAGACAGCAAUUUUUUUGUCAAUUUUACUAUCACCGCUGUUUGAGAUGUAUUCAACAAGGAUAGAGAAAAAUCACGUGACUUUAAAAUGGUAUUUGUUGGACUAUACCUACCACUCGAAUUUGAGCGGUAUGUUGCGGUUUGUUAAACCGGAACCACGUGAAAAGGGUUAUUGUUAUCGAACGUGACAGUUAUCUGGAUGUUUUUGACAGUUGACAGUGAGUUUUUUCAAAUCUUUAUUUAUUUACAUAAAAACUAAAAUUUAAAAUUUAAAAUUAAAAAUAAAAUCCAAAACGAUAAAUUUAAUUAAAAUUAUUAGAAGGGUGCAGAGUGGCUUAAAAUGAGCAGCAUCGAUCAAGUAUUUCGUUUUGUGAAGGAUAUAACAGUUGAUUACAUAGACAUCGAUUAUUCACUAUGGCUAACCUGGUGCCUAACUCCUUUACUUGUUACAUUCCUCCUACCAGCUGUCAUAGGUCUAUUACUGUACAUUAGUGCCUUAACUUUAUAUAUUUAUAAAUUGCACUGGGGCCCCCUCAGAGAUGCUCUGACCACCGGUGAUAAAUGGAUAGCUGCACGAAAAUUUAUAGGUGUCAUAUGGGAUGCACACGGAUGGAUAUGGCACGGUUAUGAAAUUAAUGGUCUAGAAAAUUUACCAGAAACUGGUCCAGCUUUGGUAAUAUACUAUCACGGUGCCAUACCAAUUGAUAUUUAUUAUUUUUUGGCGAAAAUUUAUCUUAGUAGAAAUAGGAUUGUUCAUACUGUGGCCGAUCACUUUCUGUUUAAAGUACCAGGUUUCAGCAUACUAGCAGACUGCAUGAAAAUAAUACCAGGAACAGUGCAGUCAUGUUCAAAUAUAUUAAAAGAAGGAAACUAUUUAGCCAUAGCUCCAGGAGGGGUUUACGAAGCUCAAUUUAGUGAACAGUAUAAUUUAAUGUGGAAAAGGAGGUUAGGGUUUGCGAAAGCAGCAAUUGAAGCUAAAGUGCCAGUUAUACCAAUGUUUAGUGAAAACAUAAGAGAGUCAUUUAGAACGUUAACUUUAGGAAGAAAAAUAUUUUUAAAACUAUAUUCUUGGACAAAGUUUCCAUUUUCACCUCUUUACGGUGGCUUUCCAGUGAAAAUGACAACACACGUUGGAAAACCCAUUCCAUACGAGCCAAAUAUAACUCCGGAGGAAUUGCAACAAAAGGUUGCCGCCUCUUUAGAAGAUUUAAUUAAAAAACAUCAAAGGUUACCAGGCAAUAUUUUAUUAUCGAUUUUGGAAAGGAUACCAUACUUUAGGAAAUCUUUUAAAAAGAGUAAAAAAGAUCACAACAAUUAGUUUUUUAUCAGUGCUGGACCUUUCAGUAUGUACGUAUUUCAAAACAAUUUUGUUCCUUAUGUAUAUACAUUUUAUAUGCAACAUUUGACAACCAGUUAAAGACAUACAUACCUAUGCAAUAAAUACUAUUUUGCUGUGAUUAUAAGAUUAUAAUACGUAAUAUUUGUUCAAAUAGUGUGUUUUUUCACCAUCUGGUUGAAAUUUUGGAUUUCUAUUUCGCGACAUUAUAAAGUUAUUUCCAAUUUGGAAAAAUGUAAUCUGUGCUUAAAAUUCUCAUGAACUUAUGCUUUCUGAUGUAUAUACCGUUUUUGUUUAAAGCUAUUCAAAAACGAAAUCAAGUUUUCCCCAAUCUAAAGUUGGUUAUCUACAAGCUGUUGUUGAAAAAAAUCUGGUAGGCCGAUCCACUGAAUCCAUUUCGAUUCACAAAUUUAAUCCUGUAUUAUAUUCAAUUUAUUUAUUAUUUUUACUCAGGUGCAAUAUUUGAUUUAACUUGCUGUGAUACGAAUUAUGGGGUUUUAUAUUGGUUUGUUUAUGUAUUUAUACAUAAUUUUUUUUUAUGGUGUGAUGUCUUUGAAUGGCUCAAUGUUUCUAUUGUAAAAUAGUUUUUAAUAAAUACUUUUUAAAACUAAAAUAUUUUCAAAGUGUACUUUAUUUUUCCUUAAAUAUAAAAUCUUAAACAAAAUAAAUACUAAAUUUAAUUAUAAUUAAGGAAAACUACUUUUUUGCUAUAUUUUUUAUGGCUAGCACAUAAGUAACCUAUCAAUAUUAGCAAAAAUUCAAUUUAUGUUUACAUAUUGACAGUUUUUGUAAUAUUGAAUAUAAUCAUUAUAUUUUAACCAUAUAAAAAUCGCUCUAUUCUAAAUAAUUGUUGAAAGCCUGCACUAUUUAAUUUGAUACUUUCACAAAGCUAUUUUCAUCCACUAUCCUAUACUGAUCCUCCCUGAAGUUAAUUAAGUCAUCGUACAGCCUUUGCACACUUAAAUCUCUAAGCUUGACCAAUACAGGAGGAAUUGGGGCUGUAUCUGCGUCCUCAGCCAAGUCAUUGUAGUAAGACUGUUGAUCAGGCCCCAUCAUAUGCAUUUGACGUUUUGUAUAACCUUUCGCUUUACGAUUUUCCAUAUCUUUUUCAGUGUGCAUUCGCAUUUCUUCUUUUGAUGGCAAGUCCAUUGCACCAGUGAGGUA